GUCCCUCGUCCCGGUGGCGGCGGCAGCGGGGACCCGAGCAGCGGCGAGCGGCCUCGAGGAUGAAGUGCAAGCCGAACCAGACGCGGACCUACGACCCGGAGGGGUUCAAGAAGCGGGCGGCGUGCCUGUGCUUCCGGAGCGAGCGCGAAGACGAGGUGCUGUUAGUGAGUAGCAGUCGGUACCCGGACCGCUGGAUCGUGCCGGGCGGGGGCAUGGAGCCCGAGGAGGAGCCGGGCGGUGCUGCAGUCCGCGAGGUGUACGAAGAGGCGGGAGUCAAGGGGAAGUUGGGCCGGCUCCUGGGCAUUUUCGAGCAGAACCAAGAUCGCAAGCACAGAACGUACGUGUAUGUACUGACUGUCACUGAGAUUCUGGAGGAUUGGGAAGAUUCGGUUAGCAUUGGGAGGAAGCGAGAGUGGUUCAAAGUCGAAGAUGCGAUCAAGGUUCUCCAGUGCCACAAGCCCGUGCAUGCCGAAUAUCUGCAAAAACUAAAGCUGGGCGGUUCCCCAACCAGUGGAAACUCCAUGGCCCCGUCCCCGCCAGAGAGCGAUCCCUAGUGAAUGGCAUAGAUGUUGUUCAGAUUUACUUUGAAAGAAUCAAGUAUGUGAACCCUAUGAUGAAUGGAAUUGUGAAGACAGGUGAGCUCUUUCACACUCCCAAGGACACAGCUCGUCCUAUCCUUUUGGACACUU